UCAACUUCAAGUCUAGUGUUUCCUCGUACAAGUUACAGUGUUUGAGGUUGUAGCUCGGGCACCAUCCAAAAUACCCACAAGUCCAAAAAUAGUUUGGAACUGAGCCACAAAACGUAACGCAGCUCCACGAAAUGUAACUCCACGAAAUGUAGCGCCACGAAACGUAACUCAACACAACUCAACGAAACGUAGCGCCACGAGACGUAACUCAACGCCACGAAACGUAGCGCCACGAGACGUAACAGUUACAGACAGUUAUUUUGUUUUCUCUUUUUAAAAAGUAAUUGUAGAAAACAUUAUUGAAAAAAAACAAAAAAAAACUGCUAUUCACUGCUUUUCCAUUAAUUCCCAAAAAUCCAACUUUAAUUUUCCUUCAGCCACAUUUCGUUUUCUUUUCUUUUUUUGGUACCCUGUAAAGCCGAGCAAGUGAAGGAUCUUUCUGCUCGCUCCACAUCUCAGGCGGCCACCCAGCUGGAUAAUUUCCUAAUGGCCCUGCGGCUGAUAGCCAAUCAGAGAUGGUUCACGACGCCGUGUGACAGGAAAUUCAAUUAGGCUGUUCUUUUUUUCCCUUCAGUAUUGCUCUCCCAGAGUCUCCCUCUCUCUUACUGCUGUGCUUUCCCUUUGUCUCUCGCCCUCUCUUUGUUUAUCUCACGCCUCCCCUCUUUUCUCUCUUUUAUUUCCUAGAUCUGUCGAGGGAGAGUGAAAGAGUAGCUCGCAGCGUCAUAUGUCAUCCAGGAAUACAAAAAAAAAGAAAAGAAAAGGCUUCUCUUAUUUUUCUCCAUGAAAGGAAAUAUGAAAUCACGUCCUGUAUUGGAGAUCAUUUUCAUUCCUGUUUGUCCGUGAAAGGCCAUGUAACACUCAACGGUUUAUUUCAGAGAUUUUACUGAACUAAAUCCACACGGCAGAGACAGUGUCUAACACUUAGUCCUUUUUCCUGUCAAAGAGGAAGAAAUCCUUCAAUAUAAUGAAGAAAAUGUGCUUGUUGAUCGAGCAAACGUCAAUACUUUUGGUGUAAAUGAAUGCAAAGUAUUCAAAAUGUUUUAACUACUUUAAAUCAGAAAGCAGUUUCUGCUGUAAUGAACAUGGAAGUGUAUCCUACUUGGGAAUACCGUUAUCCUCCAGUUUGGUUUCUUAUUUCGACUCUCCUCUCCAUGUUGCAGGUGGAUGCCAGCGCAUCUUACAGGAUGAACCCGCUAGCUGCCCUCAGCAUCGACCGCAACGCUCUGGUGGGAGAAAACUACCGCCCCCACGCAGGAAUCUUCCAUCCCGGCAUUCAUCCUCUCUCUGCCGAAAAGCCCCAGGAGGCUGGCGUUUCUCUCCCGCUUGGCUAUGACCUCCUCUACAAACCAGGUGUGACCCUGUUGGAUGGCUCUGCGAAUGGAUAUGUUGGACUUUAUAAGAGCCCACAACCAGGGUUGCAGAAACCCCUGGUUGUUCCUGGUGCAGGAGGAGACGGUCUGAGGCUGGACCGCCGAGUCUUAUCCAACGACAAGCAGUCAGAACUGGGUCUGAACGGUGCUGGCGGCUUCCUGAGGUUGCCCUGGGUCAGCCCUUAUGCUGAUGUAACAAUGUACCCCUUCCUGGACAUGGCGUACAAGGCCUCCUUCCUGUCCCAGCCAUUGCCCUUCCUCCACCAGCAGCUGGCAUACCAAUCUCUAUGUGCUGCUGGGGCAGGAAGCAGCACACCUGGGGAGGACAGACUUUUCUACCUGCCUCAUUAUGGCCCAGCCCAUAUCUCCUCCCCGCUGGGCCCUCUGAUCAGGAUCCCUACUGCAACUCCGUCUCCUGCCGUCCUGUCACCGCUGCCCCACUGCCAGGACAAGGCCUUACAAGGCCUCGGUCCUCAGGUGCAUCAGGAACCCUCUGCCUUCAGCACCAGUCCACAGAUCCACCAAGAGCCUCAAGCUGUUCAUCAUACGGAGCGACAACAUGGCAGCAGUAGCAGUGGCGCAAAGUCCAGUCAACCUACUUCCACCAAGAACACGAUGAGCAGCAGCAGCAGCAGUGGUGGAAGUAGUGGUGGCCCUGUUAGCAGUUCAGCUAACACUGCUGCCUUAGAGUCACCCCCAGUUACCCAUCCCCCACGCUCAGUUCCCCAAACCCUCAACAACACCACUACAGACCUCCAGAAGUCCCUUUACAGAAGGACCUCCUCAUCCUCAACCUCACUAUCAGUGUCUCACCCCUUUUACAUGGCCACUUCAGGCAGCAACAAAACCAAAGAUUCCAGCUCAGACCGCAGUACUGCAGAGAUUUCACCUGCAAAGACAUCACUGGACAAAGCUGUACCUCAAAAGUCUGCCAAAACCCCCAGGGACAAAGCGUUGAAUCUGUCUGCCAAAGAGUUGGAAGAAUUCUCAAAUGGAUUCCCAUCUAAAUUAGAUGCUCUGGCCAAGUUAGGGUAUUUGCCACCAUCUCAUUACCAGAACCCACCCGUUACCACGUCAGCAAAGACUCCAGAUCGUCCUGAAGUUAUCAGCACUGUGCCCUCCCCUUGGGUUGUUCCUGGUCCUUCCCCAGCUGUCAGCUCUGCACAGCACAACAGAGGCUCCCAAAUUAUGAAAAACAAGAGUGUAGACAAUAGUUCUCAAAACUCACCUGGCUCCAAGACAGUUGAGGUCACCAGUAUCCCCAGCCCUGCCUCAGCGGGACGACCGUCUGCAUCAUCUCCCUCCCUAAAGGCCAAAAUGGAAUGGCCACGAGUCCCUGCUAGUGAUUUGGAGAAUCCAAAGUGGAAAGGAGAGACUGGGAAACAUACUGCAACUCCUGCUAAGCCAGAAGCUCCAGAGAGCCAACCUCAUCCUCAACAACAACAGCAAUCUCGUGUGGGAAAUGGAAACUCCUCCGGUCCAAUCUAUGGUGACUCCUACCUCCCUCCUGGUUUAGGUUACACUAACCGCUACAUCCCAUACUCGGUUGCUGAGAAUAUGUCCUUGCAACGCAUGGCCAUACCAGGCAAAGGGCCCGUCUAUACCCAUCCAGCUUUGCUUAGCAACAGCAGCUUUUACCCAGCUUGCAUUGCACCAAAACAUGGACUUCCAUAUGGGGUACAUCCAAACCAGGGUGACUUCAUGACAUACCAGAAUUCCCGAGGGAUGGCCCCUCCACCUGUUUCCUCCCACGCAGGUCUUGACCAAAUUGAGAACCAGGACAAAACCUGGAACGUAGAACCGUACAGGAACCAGGAAAAGCCGGAUGCUGAUUGCUCCCAAAAGAGUGACAUUGAGAGAGACAAGUCCACAAACCAAACCAUAAAGGCUUCAGGCAAAAGCCUCACUUCUACGAGGCUUUUGCUGAGGAGGGAGGUAGGAGUCACCAUAGAUUGGACCGGAGGAGUUUCAGAGGAUGUGAUUUGUAUUGACCUGGUGCGUGAUGAGGAAAAUGAUGAAUUGAACACUAAUAAGCACAGCUCCUUAUCUACCAUAAGAGAAGAUUCCUCUAAGCAUGGCGGUAACCACAUCCAAGAAAGUGAGCCUCCAAAAUCCUCCCACAGCCAGGCUGGAGAGCAGAGGCAAGACUUACUACCCGACACCUCCCAACCACAACUCCCUCAUCACAAGACUUCUUUACCUCCUCUUCCCAGUGAGGAGACCCCAGAAGAGAUCCCGGAAAUGGAGGAGCCACUUAGUCCAUUCCCAGACAUCCCAGAGGAGCAGACGAUGCGCUGUGCCCGAACUUCUCCACAGCAAUUUUCUAGAAAAUGUGAAACUGGAGCCUCUGGUGGUGACUUGAUAACUGGUGUCAUUGGUGGUCGGACUAAUGGAGUUGAGAGCGCUAGCAAUGAAGUUAAGUCAGAGUCCUCAGCUAAUCAAAAUGUAAGCCCUCAGCAAAGCCCUUCCAAAGAUGGGAACUCAUUGGAUCCUUGUGACAACAACAAUUCCAGCAACAUCAUGGGAGCAGUGUGUGCAGUCACCAGUCCGAAGAGUCCGGCUUAUGGGGGCAGCUGUCAUCCAGACAGUCCAGUCUGCAGCAGUAAGGGACCAGCAAGUAGAGAUUUUAGUCCCCAGGUCCCAGCAUGCAGGAGUUUUAAUCCCAGGGUUAUGAAUACCAGGGCCCCACUGUGUGUUUACAACAACCCAAGAACGCCCCCAUGUAGCAGUGGAGAUGUAAACGGAAGCUUUUUGGGCCCAUGUUGCAGAAAUCUGGCUCCGAGGGCUCCGACUUGUGAACCCAGAAUAUUCAGCAGCCCAACUCAUGGAAGAUGCAACCCUUUGUCUCCGAACUCUGGGAACAUCAAUUCCAGAUUUACAAAUUGCGAAAACCGCAAUCCUGUGCGCCCAGUUUGUGGAAACAUCAGGGUUCCUGCAUGCGGAAAGAACCGCUUUAGUUGUGGACAUAGCCUCUCUAUAGGCCAGUCUUUUGGAAAUAACCAAACCUGUGCACAUAGCAAUCCCAGGGUCCUCACAUGUGGAAACAGUUUUCCUCGGAGCCCAACCUGUCGGCAUCUUUCACAUGGAAAUCCUACCAAUGGAGGCUUGAUUCAAGAACCGCUGGUUAACGAAGACCUAAAGUGCGACGAGGCAGAGCCCAAAAGAGACAGCUGUGGAGACGAAAAGGACGACAUCCAGGAUGGCUUGGAUCCCCUGGAAGACGAGGAUGAGGACUCUUGCUGCGGCAAGGGCCGACAGUCCGGCCUCACCAAACGCAUCGCCAACUCAUCCGGCUACGUGGGCGACCGGAUCAAAUGCGUUACCACGGAGCUCUACGCCGACUCCAGCAAGCUGAGCAGAGAGCAGAAAGCACUUCAGCGGGCGAUGCUGCGCUUCUCUGAGCUCGAGCUGAAGGAGAAGGAGGGAGGAAGAGAGGAAGAGGAAGAAGGGUGGACAGAGGAGACGGAGCUGGCAGACGGCCAGAGGGGAGACAGAGGGAGGGAGGAGGAGGAGGAGGGGAGGGAGGAAGAGGGAGGAGGAAGAAAUCCCUCUGCAGCCGCCGCCGAGGCACCGAGAGUUUUCCUCGCAGUCCUGCCGCUGUUCCACCGCGCCGACGACCACCCCGUAGGCUCAGAGGAGCAGAAGAAGAAGAGCAGAGAAGAAGGAGGAGGAGGAGAUGUGCAGGAGGAGAAGAAGAAAGAGGAGAGGAGUUUUAUCUCACAACAACAACAACAACAACAGCGGUUUCUGUCCAGAGGCCUGUUCCAGGGACACGUCUCCACGGCGACCACUACGCUGGCACCCGGAGGUUCGAGUCCCGACGCGGCGACAAUGAACCGGAGGAGUCUCUUCAGCCUGGAGCCGUUCCACCAGAGCAGCAUCAGCAGCAGCAGGAGGAGAGGGAGGGCGGAGGAGGAGAGGGAGGAGGAGACGAGGGAGGAGGAGACCAAGGGGAACCCCAACAAGAAAACCAAGUUCACCGGCGACUCGACCCCGGAGGACGUGAGGAGGCUGAAGGUCUGCAUCGAGCUCAACGGCCUCCGACUCAACAAGCCCCGCCUCCCCGGGGAGCUCGGCCAAUGGCUGCCCUCCGGCAGGGUGAGGUCAGAGGUCAAUGGAGGCUGGCGUGACCCCGCGCCUGUGAGGAGGGACGACAACCCGAGAGUUUUCCACAUGGCCCCGCCCACCUGUCUUACUCAUCUCGCCCGACAACCUUCCCCCGCAUCCUUCGCCUCCCUCGCCUCCUCCCGCAUCCAGGACAAGCACCAGAAGCUGAGGGAGAGCCGCAGGGUCUCCAGUUUCCUCCCUUCCUUACCUCCUCUUCCUUCCUCCUUAUCCUCGCCACCUGACCGCCAUCCCUUCCGCUGCCAUGACGACGACCUCAACAAGCCGAAGGGCAAGCGUCCCUGCAAGCUGAAGCACACGGGAGGAGAGACGGGGGGGGGAGGAGGAGGGAGACGAGGGAGCGAGCGCCUGUGUGUGUUUUUUGUGUGUGUAAUAAAAACAAUCCUCGAGCUCAUGCUCACCACUUUAAAUGUCUCCUUCCUCUCUCACACACAAACUCUCAUACACAGGUGUCCCCCAUCGCUCGCCCCACACCCCCCCGAAGUCCGCCGGCUCAUCGUGAACAAGAACGCCGGAGAGACGCUGCUGCAGCGUGCCGCCAGCCUGGGAUACGAGGAGGUGGUGCUGUACUGUCUGGAGCGGCGGAUCUGUGAUGUCAACCACCGAGACAACGCCGGGUACUGCGCCCUGCACGAGGCAUGCGCCCGCGGCUGGCUGGAGAUCGUACGCCACCUGGUGGAGAACGGAGCCGACGUCAACUGCGGCGCUCAGGACGGGACCAGGCCGCUGCACGACGCCGUGGAGAACGACCACGUGGAGGUGGUGCGCCUCCUGCUGGCCUGCGGCGCCGACCCGACCCUCACCUCGUACUCUGGACGAGGACCAAUCAACAUGACCCACAGCGCUGCCAUGGAAACCUUCCUGGAGGACUAUCUGUCCGACCUCCAGGGAAGGUCGGAGGGCGAUCCGGGAAUCUGUUGGGAGUUUUACGGCAGCUCUGUGUGCGGUUAGUUUACACACAAACACACACGCGACACUGGGAAUGCUGGGAAAGGAUCGAUGGUUGAGGAUUAAAGGAAGUAGGAUUUGAGAACCCACAACCAAAGACAAAGGUUAGAGGAAGUAAAUAUGUUUUAACUGGUCUUGAGAGAACGAGGGACACACGAGGAAAGAGACAAUCAUGACUAAAAGGAAUAACUCUAAACCAGUUAGUAUCCAAAUAACUACCUCUAAACCAGUUAGCAUCCAAAGAACUACCACUAAACCAGUUAGCAUCCAAAGAACUACCUCUAAACCAGUUAGGAUCCAAAGAACUACCACUAAACCAGUUAGCAUCCAAAGAACUACCUCUAAACCAGUUAGGAUCCAAAGAACUACCACUAAACCAGUUAGGAUCCAAAGGACUAUAUCUAAACCAGUUAGGAUCCAAAGAUCUAUCGCUAAACUAGUUAGGAUCCAAAGAACUACCUCUAAACCACUUAGGAUCUAAAGAACUACCUCUAAACGAUUUAGGAUCCAAAGAACUACCUCUAAACCAGUUAGGAUCCAAAGGGCUACCUCUAA